CCUUAAGAAAUUGAUCUGGGGGUAAAGCAUUGUAGUCGGUGGUUUGUCACGGGUAGAAAUGUGGGUGGAACAGAAACGUAGUAGAAAAAAUUGGCGCCAUUACUACAAAAAGCGCGCGAAAUAAUUUGCCAGCAACCAUUUUAAUUAUGCGGAAAAGCGUUCCGAAGUAAGUAAGGAUGCCGCUACGAGAGAGGGAGAUAGCGAUACAUAUGACGAUUUCGAAGAAACGGUUAUUCGACAGCCUCCAGCGAGUUCACUCGCUCACCAAUCGCUCGAGAUGAUACUAACUGAAAUUCUUCAGUAGGUGCAAAAUCUUCAAGAAGAAAUAAGGCAAAACAGAUUAGUGCAAGCAAACCCGGUUGCCACCGACGAAAUAAUUGCGACGGCAUCCAGCGUAAUCGGUCGUUCUCAAGCUAGCUCCCAGCCCGCUCCGACACGUAAACUAUACGAUUUGCCGGAAUUUGAUGGGCGGCCAGAAGACUGGCCGAUGUUUAAAGAAACUUUUUUAAUGACAAGUGAAGAGUAUCAAUACAGUGACACUCAAAAUAUGAUGCGGCUACAAAAGACGGUCAAAGGCAAGGCGAGAGACACUAUCGAAUGCUUAUUGAUUCAUAGCAGAAACGUAUCUCAAAUUAUUAAAGUCUUAGGGGAGCGUUUUGGAAAGCCGGAACAGCUAGUGAAGAGCCAAAUUAACAAAAUUAGAAAUAUUGCCCCAAUUUGCGAAAGUCGCAUUGAGCAACUAGUGACAUUCGCGACCAAAGUCCAGAAGUUGUCUUCGUUUCUUCAGGCGGCUGACUGCGAACACCAUUUGUCCAAUCCGACGAUGAUGGAAGAACUGCUGCUGAAGCUUCCGGUACAAAGAUGCAUCGAGUGGGUACGUCAUGCUACAUCAAUUGUUCCGAGACCAACAAUUUGUCACUUCAGCGAAUGGCGAAGAGCUGUCAACGAUUGUGAGCUCAGCCUGCGCGUAUACGGGUUCGGAGCAACGCCAAAAUAAAUAUGAGGGGCGUCCGAGGUUUUUCCACGCGAGCGAGGCUAUCAGUGACGGUUCAUCGCGAACGAAGUGUGAUGCAUGGGCAGAGAGACACCGGUUAAGUAAAUGCAGGAGAUUUCUGGCGAUGGAUCUCGGUGACAGGUGGCGUCUAAUUCGUCGAAAAAGGCUGUGUUUCAACUGCUUGAAGGGAAACCAUCGCAGCAAUGCUUGUGAAGAACAGCACGAAUGCGGAGUUAGGGGUUGUACGAAAAUGUUGCACGCACUUCUUCAUGAACCCAGAGAUCGAGAGUGGCAGUUAGCGAAGCAAGGGCAGCGGGGGUAGGCAUCACAGUCGACACCGCAGUUAGCCACAUAACAGACUUUACCAUCGGCAUCAGGACAUGCGGCGUAGAGGCAUGGGGCAUCUGAGGCAGAGGUACAGCAAGACUUUACGAAUACUAUAGGGCAUAGUCCCGCGCCGAACUUAUUAUUUAAGAUAUUCCCCGUGUUGCUAUAUGCCAAUGGUAAGGAAAUUAAGUGCUACGCGUUCUUCGAUGAACGGUCAGCCAUAUUUUUGAUAAAUAGUGAGUUAGCAACGCGCCUCGGGCUUAGGGGCGAUAGCGAGAAUUUGACGUUACAGUGGAUUGGUAGCACGACCGUUACAGAACCUUCGCGUAGGGUGAGUGUACAGAUUUCUGGUGUCGGUCGUAACCGCAGGAAGUUUACAAUGCGUGAUGUUCGCACGGUUUCGAACCUUCAGUUACCAAUGCAGUCACUUAGUAUAUCUGAUCUUCAUUACAAGCACCGACACUUACCGAUCUGGCAAUAUAGCGACGCUACACCAGAGUUGUUGAUCGGCUUAGAUAACGCGCACAUUGGUAUUCCGCGACGUACAGCAUACGAUGGCAGCAGAGGACAUGCAGUAGUACUCACCAAACUCGGUUGAGUUAUCUAUGGGACGGCAAAUACUCUAACUCAAGCACGCUAUCACUCUGUUUGCAAGGGUAAGAGAUGAAACGUCCGACAAGCCGGAGGAUUCGUGGACGAUUUUAUAACCAACGAGAACAUGGGCGUAAGUGAGGUGAAGCAGGUGGCCGAGCCUCAAUACGUAGCACGAGCCAAGAAACUUUUGAAUGAAGAUACUAAGCGCGAUGGUCGUAAAUUUGAAACAUGUUUGUUGUGGAGGCGGGACGACGUGAAGCUUCCAGAGAGCCGCAAGAUGGCGGAGAAUAGAUUUCUAGCUUUGGAAAGAAAGUUUAGAGGUGAUAACCAUCUGAAGAGAGUAUAUACAACAAUCAUGGCGGAAUAUGUUGAGAAGGGUUACUGCCGCAAGCUGAGCAAGGAGGAAGCAGAGACGACAAGCGAACGUACGUGGUACUUACCUCAUUUUGGCGUAUACAACCCUAACAAACCAGGGAAACUCAGGCUCGUUUUCGAUGCUGCAGCAGAAUCGCAGGGCGUCUCGCUGAACUCAGAGCUACUAAGUGGGCCUGAUCUUUCGCAGCCGUUAGCAACAGUCCUCAUGAAAUUCAGACAGAAGCCUAUUGGAGUCUGUGCGGAUAUCGUCGAGAUGUUCCAUCAAGUGAGGAUAAGAGAUGAAGAUUUGACCUCACAGCGUUUCUUGUGGACAGCUGAUCCUGGAGUGCCGGUGGAGGAGUACGUUAUAAACGUAAUGACGUUUGGGGCUACGUGUUCGCCGUGCUCAGCGCAGUUCGUGAAGAAUAAAAAUGCGGAAGAUUUUAAAGAGCGAUUCCCGGAAGCUGCGGCGGCGAUCGUAAACAACCAUUACGUCGACGAUUUCGUGUAUUGUUUUUCAAACGCAGAUGAGGCCUUGAGAGUUACGAAGCAGGUUAUCUAUAUUCAUGAAAAUGGGGGCUUCGAACUUAAAAGGUUCGUAUCUAACUCGCAACUCGUUAGAAGCCUAAAUAAACAGAGUCCACUUUUACCUCUUCUGAAUCUCGAUAGGGAAAACGCAAGGAUGUUUCAAAAAGUGCUUGGGAUGUUCUGGGACACGGAACAAGAUGAAUUGAAAUUUAUUUUAUCCUUUGGAAAGGUUAACCAAGACGUGUUGAAGGAGAAGCGGCGUCCGACAAAUCGAGAAGUUCUCAGUAUGGCUAUGUCCGUGUUCGAUCCCUUUGGGAUCGCCGCAGAGUACACCCUAGAAGCAAAAUUAGUCCUGCAAAUGAUAUGGCGAGAGCGAGUCGAUUGGGAUGGAGGCAUACCCAAUGCAGUGUACGACAGAUGGCGAAAGUGGCUGCGAAUGUUGCCUGAAUUGGUGAAAGUAAGCAUACCACGUUACGGAGCUGCAUUUAUGAAAGCGCCGGCCGAGCUGCAUGUGUUUGUAGAUGCCAGCGAGAUGGCCUACGCUGCUGUUUCUUACUGGAGGAUAACAGACGACAAUGGUAACAUUCAGCUGACAUUCGUCGCGGGUAAAACUAAGUGCGCGCCACUAAAACUCAUGUCCGUGCCUCGUCUCGAGCUGCAGUCAGCCGUGCUCGCCACGCGUCUUAGGGAAAGCAUUGUCGAAGGUCACGAGAAGAUUCCGUGUAGUGUCGGGAUGUGGUCUGACUCAGAACGGUCCUAUCUUGGAUAAAAUCCGACCACCGCCGCUAUAAACCUUACGUGGCACACCGAUUUAAUGAGAUUCUGGAUGGCAGUGGCAUCAACGACUGGAGGUGGUUACCCAACGCAUUAAACCCCGCAGACCACAGGACGCGUACCAGAGAUGAAAGACGAGACUCACUCUGGAUCACGGGUCCGAAAUUCCUGAAAGAAGAGGAGACACGCUGGCCUCCAAAGGAAACGUACGAGGGCACGAACGUCGAGCUGCGUAACAAAUUUGCUAUUCUGUUAAUUAAAACCGAUACUACAUUUUUUAGGAAAUUUUCAUCCUUUACGAGAUUGAAGCGAGUUGUUGGCUGGAUACUACGAUUCCGAGAAAAUUGCCGCAGAACAAGAGCGACACGAGUCAAUGGCGUCCUGAUGGUGUCCGAGUUGAGGCGAGCUGAGACAGCUGUUAUUAAGGCAACACAAAUUGAGGUUUUCCUGGACGAAUAUCACACCCUGCGUGCAAACAAGCAAAUAGAUAAAAGUAGCGCGUUGUGGACCUUAAGUCCGACUAUGGACAAGGAAGGAGUAAUAAGGCUGGGUGGUCGGAUAGAUGUGGCCGUCGCAAUCCCCACUUACACCAGGCGCCCCGUUAUCCUACCAAGAAGAUGCCACCUAACAGAUAAUCUUAGAUCACUUCCACCGCAUAUGGAAACACCAAAACGAGUCAACGAUAAUAGCAGAAGUAGGUGCGAGGUGCGACGAGCCGCUAAGAGAUGCCAGAUUUGCAUGAAGGAAAAAGCAGCACCACAUUAACCAAAGAUGGGACAACUGCCGAUCGACCGCUUAACACCGUUUGUUAGGCCUUUCACUUACGUCGGGCUAGACUUUAUAGGGCCGUUCUCUAUCGUCAUCGGCAGACGGCGCGAGAGGCGCUGGAUUGCUCUCUUUACGUGUCUGACCACGCGAGCGAUACACCUCGAAAUAGCGAAAGACCUCUCUACAGACGCCUGCUUGAUAUGCAUACGUAAUUUCGUGUGUAGACGCGGAACCCCGGUGCGCAUUCGCUCCGAUAACGGAACAAAUUUCGUCGGUGCGGAUAAAGAGCUGAAAAGACAGCUGACUGAGUUCGACAAGGGCAAUAUAGCCAACGCGCUGGCCAGUCAUAAUAUAGAAUGGAUUUUCAAUUGCCCAUUGAAUCCGCAUGCUGGAGGGUGCUGGGAACGUUUGGUAAGAAGUGUUAAGAGAGCAAUGGGCCACGCAGUACACAAUGAAAGUCUUCAGGAGCACGCCCUAUAUAGUCUGAUGUGUGAGGCGGGAAAUAUCGUCAAUUCGUCAUUAAAGCCCUUAGCUGUGGGCGACAUCGUGCUCAUCUGCGAUAGAAGCUUGCACCAAUGGAGGUGGCCCAUGGGACGAAUAUUCGAAGUGUUCCCGGGUAAAGACGACCAGGUCAGAGCCGCACAAAUCCAGACGAAGACGGGCACAUUUAAGCGGCCGGCCUGCAUCUUAGCUAAGCUGGAGUUGGGUAAAUCUGGUUAGAUUUACGGGGGAGGGGCUGUUAGCGCAGUCACUUGCUUGUUCACUCAAUUGUAUUAAUCUAUUUGUACCUUAAUGUUGAUUUUGUAGUUACUUGCUUGUUCAAGCGAACCUAUCCUCUACUGUACCUUAAUGUAAUGUAAUAAUUGUUAUCGAUUUCUAAUUUUGUAAAAACGACCACAUCACUAAUGAAAAAAUCCAAACUCAUUCGUGAUCUGGCGUUUCAAGAGGAGGAAAGCACACAAAAGUGAAAUAAAGGAUCACGCCUUGGAAAGCGUUAUUGUCAGCAAAAGGCGAACUCUUAUUAUUUUGUUCCUCGCAAGAUCGCGUUUCUACACCCGGAAUAACAAUUCCGACAUUCUUAUUACACCUUAUUCCAUUUUAUUCUAUGCGUCAAUAAUACACUUAUUCCGACUAAUUCUCCUCUAUUCCGUAAAUAUUCUUAUUCCGGCAUAUUCGGAGUGUCAAUAAUAUGGCCAUUUGGGAAAACGACUUCGAUGUGUUACAAAACGGAAAAUGUACCAUAAAUAUAAAUUUAAAAACAUCUGAUGGACGCCAACUUGCUCGUAAAAUCAUUCAAACGCAGGAUGUUUUGAUUGAUCCGUUUCGACCUGGAGUUAUGGAGAAAAAUGGUAUUGGGCCAGAUGUCCUGUGUAAAGAAAACCCAAGGCUAAUUUACGCGCGCUUAACAGGAUUUGGCCAAUAUGGGUCCUUAGCAAAGAGAGCUGGCCAUGACAUCAACUAUCUUGCAAUUUCCGGUGUGCUCUCUAUGCUGCGCUCACAAAACAGCAAGCCAAUACCUCCUGUUAAUAUUUUAGCGGACUUUGCUGGCGGAGGUCUUAUAUGCGCUUUGGGAAUUUGUUUGGCACUUUUAGAACGUCAUCGUUCCGGUUGUGGACAAAUAAUUGAUGCGUCAAUGUGUGAAGGCGUUGCAUAUAUUUCUUCAUGGCUGUUUUUGUCACGCUCACUCCCCAUCUGGGGCAACCAAACGGGCCAAAACAUACUCGAUGGAGGAUCCUUCUUUUAUGAUACAUAUGAAACAAAAGACGGGAGAUUCAUCUCAGUGGGUGCACUGGAACCGCAUUUUUUCGAUAUUUUCAAACAAAAUUUGGGAUUGCCGGAACUUAUUCAGUUUCCUGCAAGUGAAUAUCAGAAAAACAGUGCCAGAGAGGCAGUAAAAAACGCAUUUAAAAAAAAAACACGAAAUGAAUGGUCAAAAGUAUUUGAAAACACUGAUGCUUGCGUAUUUCCAGUUGUUGAAUGGGAAGAAGUAGCGCAAUAUGGUCACAAUAAACAGCGUUCAAGCUUUCAGAAAUUUGAUAAUGAACUGGUACCUGUGCCUUCCCCUCUACUUAGCAGAACUCCUGGCACUCUUAAAAGUAAACGCGGUAAUUUAACUGCAGUAUCAGUAAAAGGGCAGGUAGAUAAUCGCGAAAUUUCAUUGUCAAGAUUUAAGGCAAAGAUAUAAGGGCAUAUAUUUUUUUUUAUUUUUACAAUUUGUUAGUCAAUUUCAACUAAUGUUUCUUGAUUAUUUCUUUAUUAUUAAAGUCCUUAGUUGUAAGAAGAUUUUAAUACAUACAUGUAUAUUCCAGCAUACGUUUGGUUUGGAGAAAAGUUCUUGAGUGAGCAAAAAUAUGAUAAUUAAGGAGUUCACAAGGUGUAGUAUCCCUUAAUAUUUCACAAUUACAAAUACAGAUUGUUUGAUCUCAUCACCCCUUCUCAAACUCUCAACCCUAAUUUAUUAUUAAGUAUCUUAAACCGAGUUACUCUAAACCCUUUGUAAAUACAUAUACAAAUUGCAAAUUGAA